UCCUAGUCUCUUCCCCUCUCACUUUGCAGCGACGGUGAGCUGGCAAUUGGCGUCGACGAAGGGCGCCAGCGAGGUAGAUGGGAGGCGGCGACGACGAGGAAGAAUGCAGGGCGGCGAGGAUGGAACAUGCAAGGCGAUGCAGGGGACGACGAUGACGACGACGACCGAAGAUCGACCUGCUGCUACUGCCGAUAGGCCUUGGAUCUGGAGGAUGAAGAAGGGGCGGAGACUGAGACCGCUUCGAUUCUUUCGGCUUUGCAGUUCUCGUCAACCUCCGCGAAUGAAGAAGGACGGGAUGGCGACGAAGACCGAUGAUCGAUCUUCACUGCUGCAGCCUGCAGCGACCCCUUCUCCUUCUUGGCCUUCUUUUGCUGGAUCUCGAUGGCGGACGACAACGAUUGAGGAUGAAAGAUUGCUGGAUCUCGAUGGCGGGCAACAAAGAUUCUUCUUCUAGAGAGCCAUGGAGGGGUUGGGACUUGGGUUGGGAGGGAGAUUAGGGGGAAAAGGAGUGGCGGAGCGGUUAUGCGGUGCACCGAUUUUUAUCUCGGUUAGCCACCGACGCUUGCCGGUUAACAUAAAUCCCCAAAACAGCCCACCGACACCCCCACCGAGGAUAAAUUAUUGAUUUUCGG